AUGAAGAGAGAACACGACCACCUCGUUCUCAACCUACUCUUCCUUCACAUCCUCUUAUUGAUGCAAGUCGGAGAGGGACAGAAUACACCAACAGAGGUUAAAGUGGGAAUCGUGGACGAUGUAGGAACGACAUAUUCCAACAGGACCUUGUUCUGUAUCAACAUGUCUCUUUCUGAUUUCUACUCGUCCCAUCCACAAACCCGGACAAGGCUUGUAACCACCAUUGUUGACUCCCAAAACGAUGUUGUUACUGCAGCAGCAGCAGCUCUUGAUCUGAUAACAAACCAGGAAGUGAAAGCGAUUAUAGGACCAUCGACUUCCAUGCAGGCGCAGUUCAUGAUAGAGAUAGGACAAAAGUCUCAUGUCCCGAUUGUAUCAUACUCCGCAACAAGCCCCUUCCUAACUUCCAUCCGUAGUCAAUACUUCUUUCGAGCUACCUACGAUGAUUCAUCUGAAGUUCACGCCAUAAAAGCCAUCAUCAAACUCUUUGGAUGGAGAGAGGUUGUGCAUGUUUACGUCGACAACACCUUCGGGGAAGGUAUAAUGCCUCAUCUCACCGAUGCGUUACAAGAGAUCAACGUCUGUAUACCUUACAGGAUCGUAGUCUCUCCAAACGCCACGGGUGAUGAGAUCUCCGUUCAGCUUCUCCGGAUGAUGACUCGACCCACUAAAGUGUUUGUUGUCCACACUGAAGAUCUACUCGCUUCGAGAUUUUUCGUCAGAGCUAAGGAGAUUGGUCUGAUGAAGCAAGGAUAUGUCUGGAUCCUCACCAACGCCAUCACCGAUGGUCUUGGCCUCAUGAGCGAGACGGAGCUUGAUGCAAUGCAAGGGGUCUUGGGUGUAAAGACAUACGUACCGAGAUCCGAAGAGCUUGAAGCAUUCAAAUCUCGUUGGAAGGAGAAUAGCUUCCCACUUUCUUCCCUAAGCGUGUAUGGACUGUGGGCUUACGAUGCCACCACUGCACUCGCAAUUGCCAUCGAAGAAGCUGGUACAUCAGAUUUGACUUUUGUCAAGACAGAUCAUGAUGCCAUGAGGAGGAACAUGUCUGGCCUUCAAGGUCUAGGUGUGUCUCAAUAUGGUCCGAAACUUCUCCAGACACUCUCUGGAGUUCGGUUCAAAGGUCUUGCUGGUGAUUUCCGAUUUAUCAACCGAGAACUGCAGCCGUCAGUGUUUGAGAUUGUUAACGUGGAUGGGCGUGGAGGAAGGACCAUAUGAUACUGGAUGAAAGAACAUGGUCUGUUGAAGAACGUAGACCACCAAAGACAAGCUACCACUUUCACCACUUGGAAAGAUCGACUCAGACCAAUCAUAUGGCCUGGAGACACUACCUUUGUACCCAAAGGAUGGGAGAUCCCGACAAAUGGGAAAAGGCUGAAGAUCGGAGUCCCAACUAAUAACCAUUUCCCGCAGUUAGUGAAAGGUGCAAAGGAUCCCAUCACCAAUUCAACAAUAUUCAGUGGGUUCUGCAUCGACUACUUUGAGGCUGUUAUUCAAGCCAUGCCCUAUGAUGUUUCAUAUGACUUCAUUCCUGUACAAGAUAUGGAUUACGAGACUUUGGUCUACCAAGCGUACCUCGGGAAAUACGAUGCUGUGGUGGGAGACACAACAAUAUCGGCAAACAGGUCAAAGUACGUAGAGUUUUCAUUGCCGUACACACCAUCAGGUGUGGGUUUGGUGGUUCCGGUUAAAGACAAUGUCAAAAGAAGCAGUACCAUAUUCUUGAUGCCUUUGACAUGGGGACUAUGCCUACUCACUCUUUCGUCCUUUUUCAUAAUCGCCAUCGUCGUAUGGGUUCUUGAACAUAGGGUAAAUCCAGAGUUUGAUGGGCCUGGAAAAUACCAAAUCAGCACUGUGCUCUGGUUUUCUUUCUCCAUUAUGGUCUUUGCGCCGAGAGAAAGAGUGCUUAGCUUCUGGGCGAGGCUCGUGGUUAUCAUUUGGUACUUCUUAGUACUUUUGCUGACGCAGAGUUACACCGCUAGUUUGGCAUCGCUUCUCACAUCGCAGCAGCUUCAUCCAACUGUGACCAACAUAAACAGCUUGCUGGCAAAGGGAGAACGUGUGGGGAAUCAACGUAGUUCUUUUAUUCUGAAAAGACUCAGAGAAUCAGGUUUCUCAGAUGCUAAUCUCGUGACCUACGGCUCUCCAGAACACUGCGAGGAGCUGCUGGACACAGAAUCAACAAAGGGAGGUGUUUCCGCAGUUUUCAUGGAACUGCCGUAUGUGAGACUCUUUCUCGGACAGCACUGUAACAAGUAUAAAAUGGUUCAAACACCAUUCAAGGUCGAUGGAUUAGGCUUCGUAUUUCCCAUUGGAUCCCCUUUAGUAGCUGAUGUCUCGAGGGCCAUUCUAAAAGUGGAAGAGUCAAACAAGGCAGACCAGCUGGAGAGCGCAUGGUUCAAGAAAAUAGAUGAAAGUUGCUCGGAUCCACUCACCAGCCCGGACCCAAAUCCAUCUGAGUCGUUCAGGAAACUUGGCAUCGAUAGUUUUUGGGUGUUGUUUCUCACUGCAACCAUAGUCUGUGCAACUGCACUUGGGAAAUGCGUGUUUCAGUUCUUGAAGGAGAACCCGGAUCAGCGAAACCUGAAAGGAUUGUGGGAGAAGUUCCUUCAGCCAGACAGAAAGUCAUACAUAAACCAAGUGACGAAGAAAUGUCAAUGCUCCAUGAAUAACCAUGAAGAAGCAAACCCAGCAAACAGUGGCAGCCAAAGUUAG